CCUCCUGGGGCCUCAAUGAGCCUCUGUUCAGGCCUGACCGCCCGCGAAAGGGCUGGGAGGCGGUCAGCAGGCCCGCCCUCUGCCUCCUGGCCGCCCAGAGCAGAGCGUGUCCGGGGGAGCGUGGGGGCUCCGGCCUGUCCGAGGCCACCCCCGGGGUCGGACGGAGUGGGGGUUCUCGGUCUCCCUACUCUUUCUCGUCCAGGUCCCGCCAGCCCUUCGCGCGGCCGCCCGCCAGCCGUGCCGCCCCCGGCAUGGAAUGAGUCUAUGCACUCCGCCUGGAUAAGUGUGGGGCGCCUCCCCGCGCUGGCAUCCAUGAGCAAGGCCACGGACCCCCGCUUCCGCGUCCGCUGGAAGGUGAUCCUGCCCUCGGUCGUGGGCGUCGCCGUGCUCUGGCUGCUCUGCUCCCACCGCCCGGCCCCGGCCCGGCCCCCCGCGCCCAGCGCCCACAACUGGCGGCUCAGCCAGGCGGCUGCCGACCGAUACAAUGACACCUACCCCCUGUCGGCCCCCCAGAGGACGCCGGGCGGGACCCGCUACCGCAUCGCAGUCAUUGCCGACCUGGACACGGACUCCAAGGCCCGGGAGGAGAACACCUGGUUCAGCUACCUGCAGAAGGGCUACCUGACCCUGUCCCACAGCGGGGACCAGGUGGCCGUGGAGUGGGACCCGGGCCACAGGGUCCUGGAGUCCCACCUGGCGGAAAAGGGGCGGGGCAUGGAGCUAUCGGACCUGGUCGUCUUCAACGGGAAGCUCUACUCCGUGGACGACCGCACGGGGGUGGUCUACCGGAUCGAGGGCAACACGCCCGUGCCCUGGGUCAUCCUGUCCGACGGCGACGGCACCGUGGGGAAAGGCUUCAAGGCGGAGUGGCUGGCGGUGAAGGACGAGCAUCUGUACGUGGGCGGCCUGGGCAAGGAGUGGACCACCACCACGGGCGAGGUGGUCAACGAGAACCCCGAGUGGGUGAAGGUGGUGGGCUUCCGGGGCAGCGUGGACCACGAGAACUGGGUGGCCAGCUACAACGCCCUCCGGGCCGCCGCCGGCAUCCACCCGCCAGGCUACCUCAUCCACGAGUCCGCCUGCUGGAGCGACGCGCUGCAGCGCUGGUUCUUCCUGCCGCGCCGGGCCAGCCACGAGCGCUACAGCGAGCGGGACGACGAGCGCAAGGGCACCAACCUGCUGCUCAGCGCCAGCGCGGACUUCGGGGCCGUCUCCGUGCGCCGCGUCGGGGAGGUGGUGCCCACGCACGGCUUCUCCUCCUUCAAGUUCGUGCCCAACACCGACGACCAGGUCAUCGUGGCCCUCAAGUCCGAGGAGGACGGCGGCAAGGUCGCCACCUACAUCAUGGCCUUCACGCUGGACGGGCGCUUCCUGCUGCCCGAGACCAAGGUCGGGAACGUCAAGUACGAGGGGAUAGAGUUUAUUUAAAUCUUAGAGGUUCAGGCGUCAGGCAGGCCGAGGGCUGGACGGCUUUCCGCGGCAUCAGGGCCCCACGUCUAUAAAAGCCGGGCCGCCCUUCGGUGGUGUUUGUUUUGCUCUUUUUCUUCCCAGGACUCCGGGGCGGGUCUGGGGUUUAGAGGCUCCAGAGUAGGGAGUUCAGGCCCCUGGGACCUCUCAGAGCCGGAAGGGCCACCCCCAGGCCAGGCUCCGGGCUGCCGGGCCCUGGGCCUGUGUGCUGCCCUCUGGCGGUGGAAGCUGGCGGCGGCCCUGCCCUGCCUUCCAUGGGGCCUCCUUUCUCUUCUUUUGUUCAAUGAAUGUAUCUUGGCUCCUGCCAUCAAGUGCGGAGCCUGUCUGGGACAUAGCAGUGACGGGAUCUGAAGUGCCCCCGCCCACCAGGAGCUCAAGCCCCCUCCGUCCCGAACCUCGGGCGCGAAGGCCGUCCCCCCUGCUUGGAGAGGACCUGUUGACACCGCGGACAGACGGACAGACGCGGCAGGGCUGUGAGCGGGGCAGCCCAGGCCGCCAGCCCCCCCGCGGUCCCCAGCCUCACAUGGACAAUCUGUUUCCUCGGCCGGGUCCAUGUCCUCCCUCCAGGAAAAUUCUGUGGCUCCGUAGCUCUUCGAGGCUUUAAUCACUAAUUACUCUAAUUAAAGCCGUCUCCUUUCUUAUAAAAAGGAAUCACCAAAUCUUCCGACACAGAGCGAAGUCCCACAUUAAACCCCUCCCCGCAGCGGAGGAAGUCGUAGUUAGAGCUACAGUGGUCGUCGAGGCGGGUUUUACACACUGAGCCCUGGGCCAAGGGACGCAGUGAUGGAGGCGCCAGGCCCUCCCACACUUCCUGUCCCCUCCUGCCCUUCCGUCCUCCUCCUCCCGGGAGCUGGCAGCUCGUCUCCAGGGAAACGUCACACAAGCUCCGCUUGUCUCCGUGGGUCCCCGUCCCGGGGCCUGUCCCCGAUGCCGCAGGGAGCGGGCGGAGGCUGGAACGGGUCAGCCGGGACCCAGCGGAGGAGGCCCUGGCCCGGAAACUGCCUCGCCCCCAGGAGAGCUCGGGGCCGGGACGUGAGAGGGGCCGCGUGGACCCGCCCCAGACUUCUCAGCGUGGAACUGACAGCCGCCAGGAGGGUGCCCGCGAGGCCGUUCCCCACGGCUGGGCG